AUGGCCUCGGUUAUUGUCGUCGAGAACGAGAUCAAAGACUCUGUUGAGGAGUUCUCGCUGAUUGUGAACACGGUGCAACAGAAUACCGACUUCUCUGACUCCAUCAAACCCUACUUUGAUGAGAAGACCGGUCAAAUCGCCAACAAGGUCGAAUUGGCCAAGCAGAUCUCCAGCGUGGCAACGCCUGAGUUGUUAACGAAAUUGUCUGACAGAGAGUUCGAGCCUAUUUUUUAUUUGCUCGCGUACCUCAGAUCCGAGUUGGAGCAGAAGUCGUUCGAGACGCUUUUACAGAAAGAUGGUGCAUUGAUCAACCUUUUGAUCGCCUCCACGCCCAAGCAAAUGCCUUCUUUAAGAGACAGGAGGUCGCUCAAACCCACCACGGUGUUGUCGGUGUUGAACACCUUUUUCAACUUUUUGCCUGCCUCUUCCCCUACUAGAGUGUUUUUUAUUGAGUUGAUCUUGAAGAUCGUCACCGACACAGACAUCGACUUUGCAUUGAUACAGUCCGCCAUCGGGAGCCACAUAGUGCAGUGGUUAGUCGCUGCGGGUGCCUCGGAGGAUCAGAUUAAGGGUCUCUUCUGGCAAUUCAUCGCUUUAGACAAGCAGUACACAUUAAAGUCCUUGCACUUGAUAAAACAAUUUACCUCGCAGUUUUCCCUUACCUUACAGGAAUUGCAAACAAUGAUUGGGUUUGCUUUGGCGUCUCCAGAGGUGGAUGUCACUUUCUUGGUCAACAACAACGUUGCUCAGGCCAUGCAACAAAAUGCUUCUGAUGAACUCGUGAGUGUGUUUGAUAAGUACACCAAGGGAGAGUUUAUCACCUCUGUCCCUCAGUCUGUCUCCAAAAACGUCAUAAACAAGUCGAAGGUGUUGGCUUUAACGAGGUUCUUCGUUGAGAGUGAUAAUUCUGGCAAGAACACCUUCAAGUACACCGACAUCCCAAGUGAAUUGGCAUCAUCUCAAGAGGAGUUCGAGAAAUUGUUAAUCGACUCGAUCAAGGCGGGCGUAAUCGAAGGUAAAAUGAACCAGGUUGAGCAGACGUUCAACUUGGUGAGAGCUAAUAGAAUCGUGUUGGCAGGCAACAAGGAACAGCUUGCAAAGGAUUUGGACACCGUGAAGAAGGCAUUGCUUGAGUGGAGACACUCGUUAGAUAACAUCAAUGAGAUUGUGAGGGAUGCAAAGGACAGGAUUGUGAACAACAACUCUGGAAACUAA